UUCCCGUUCCGCCGCACAGUGCCCGCCUCCCGCCCGGCCCGACUCGGCGGGGGCCCGAAAUGGCGUCGGGCUGGCAGAGCGAGGCGAGCCUGGCGGCGCUCAAGGAGCAACGGCGGCGGCAGCGGGAGGAGCUGCUGGCGGAGGCCAAAAUUAAUUAUGAGAAGGAGGAGAGGCGCAAGCUGAAAAAACAUCUGCGAGGUGAAGAUACGUGGAUGCUUCCUGAUGUGAAUGAACGGGUGGAACAACUGGAAAAGGAACAUUCUGUGCAGAAAAAAAAGAAAAAGGAUAAGCAUUCAAAAAAAUCUAAGAAAGAAAAGAAGAAAAGUAAAAAACAAAAAUCUGAAAAGAAGGAUGACUUCAGUGAUAGCUCUUCAGAUUCUUCAGUUGAAUGGGUUGAGUCAAAUGUGUCACAGUCAGAUAACACAGAAAAGGCUUGGAAGGUCAACAAGGAAUCAGAUGCUGUGAAAGGACCCUCCUUGCAGAGAGAAGAAUGGAUGAAUUUAGACUUUGUGUCUUUGAAAACUGUGCCACUAGCAUCUUGCAAAAGUGAAAGAGAGAAAGAAAAAAUACUGAAACGACAGAAAGCUCAAGAAAUUGAACAGGCUAUGCUUUCUGAGAGAGAACUCAACCCCUAUUGGAAAGAUGGUGGUACAGGUCUGCCACCAACAGAGGGUGAAUCAACUUCAGUUAAAAAAGUUACGGUGGUAGAAGAUGCUGGAUUAAGUUGGUUACGAAAAUCAUAUCAAAGGAUGAAGGAGCAGGCUGAGAGAGAGAAACGAAAUGUUGAGGAAGUUGUAGCUGAGAGAUAUGGGUCAAUGGAGGCAUUUGAGUCACGGUUAGAAGCAGCUGAAAAAGUUGCAUCGAAAAAGGAAAAUUAUUAUAGAGGUGAUAGAUGGAAGAAAACUGAUUAUUCAGAAAGUGAGAAGAAAGAACAGCAUGUGAAAAACACUCCACAACACGAAGAUGAUAGGAACAUGUUUGGGAGACAUAAGAGAGAGAGGUAUGACAAGGGAUGGAUGCAAGAAGACAGAGGUUACAAAAGAGAUGGAUCAAGAGAAGACCAAAAACGUGGACACAGUAGCAGAGACUCAGAACUGGGAGGUUACAGCUCCAAAGCUGAAAAACACGUGGAUGAAAAAAGUCAAGGAAAGAGCCUUUCUCUAAGUGACAUAAAACACAAAUUUCUGAAGCCCUCUGAAGAUGAUUUAUCAUCUUACAGUGCACCUAAGGACUACAAGCCACAGCAUUCCUCUUCAAAACUGCCUGCUCAUAGCUCUUUGAACAGUCGUUUUCAAAAACCCAGUGAGGAUACUGCAUUGUGGACAAAAACACACACACAAGAUAGGAAUGAACAAUUAGUAUCUGAUCAAAAGUCAUCAGAUGGUGUGGCAAAAAUUGUUGGUGAAAGAACUCCAACUGAUGAAAAAGAGAAAUCACAAAAGGAGUACCCAGCUGAUACCUCUGAGAAGAAACAAACAUCAUCUCAUAGUAAAACAUCAUGUUCCAGGGAUACAUCAAAGGAUGAGCCACCUCGGGUGCUUAGUGAAGAGGAGAUGAACAGACUGGGAGCCAGGAUUGUGAAAGCUGAGCUGAUGGGAAACAUGGAGUUAGCUUCAAAACUUCAAGAGGAACUCGACAAGGCACGCAAAUUAAGAGAGACUCAGCAGCAGAUCCCAGCAAAGUCUGGUGGAGAGGCUUCAAGCCGUCAAGAAGAUGAGCAAGUGAUCCUUGUCAGAACAGAUCAAAGUGGAAGGGCAUGGCCUGUGACCACAUCAGCUGAACCACAGGAGCCUAGAGGAGGACGGAGAAAGAGACAGAUGGUCGCUACUCAUGUAGAUAAAGAAAGAGUAAGGUACUUUCCGGAUGAUGACAGUAUGAAUCUGCAGGAUUUAGUCAAAAAUGAGAAGACAAGAACAGCAGAGGAUCAAAAUGCACUGUUCAUGCGUAUGGCAUCAAAGAUGAUGGAAAAAACUGACAGAGACUACUACACUCUGGAUGACAUGUUUGUUUCCAAAGCAGCAAAAAGAGCACGCAGUGGGGAAGAGGAAGAAAUACAAAGAAGAAAAGCAAUACGUGAGCACCAACUGCUUGCUGCACGCAUGGAAAAGUGCCCAUACUGCUUUGAUAGCAGUGAACUUUCUAAACAUCUUAUUAUUGCAAUUGGUACCAAGGUGUACUUGUCUCUACCAAGCAACGAGUCCCUUACUGAAGGUCACUGCCUGAUAGCCCCCUUACAGCACCAUACUGCAGCCACACUUUUGGAUGAAGAAAUCUGGGAAGAAAUCCAGAUGUUCAGAAAAGCUUUGGUGAAAAUGUUUGAAGCGAGAGGCUUGGACUGUGUCUUCAUAGAAACAAAUAUGAGUAUGAAGAAACGAUACCACAUGGUGUACGAAUGCAUUCCUCUUCCAAGAGAAGUAGGAGAUAUGGCUCCAAUCUACUUUAAGAAAGCUAUAAUGGAGUCUGAUGAAGAGUGGUCCAUGAACAAGAAGUUAAUUGAUCUUUCUUCAAAAGAUAUUCGGAAAUCGGUUCCUAAAGGAUUGCCAUACUUCUCAGUGGACUUUGGGCUUCAAGGAGGAUUUGCUCAUGUCAUUGAAGAUCAACACAAGUUCCCCCAUUACUUCGGAAAGGAAAUCGUUGGUGGCAUGCUGGACUUGGAACCACGGCUCUGGAGAAAAGGAGUGAGGCAGAACUUUGAGGAGCAGAGGAAGAAAGUGUUGCAGUUUGCACAGUGGUGGAAGCCGUAUGAUUUCACCAAGAAGAACGAAUGAAUACAUCCUUGAGGUCAAGGACUAUAUAAGCCAUAAAUUAUACUAAAGGAUAUUUUGUAUGUUAAAUACGACACCGGUAUAUUAUAUAUUGCUAGUAUGUUUUAAACCCAGGGAUAUUGUUUAACUGAUUUUCUCUUUCUGGUUUGGAUAUUGUGUGUACCGCCUGAACCUGCAAGCCCAACAAACCAGAUCUGCACGGUGUUUCUCAUUUUUCAUUUUUUAUCUGAGCCAAAAUAAUAACGUCCCUGUGGCCAUUGGAAUUCUUCAAGGUAUAGCUUUUACUUUUGGAGUUUUUAUAAUACUUGAAACAACUAAAAUUGUAUCUUGUAGCAUAGAACCAGGACUUAAUUAGUGCAGCAACUUUUUCUAGAAAAUGAUGUAAAUUUUAUGAAUAUGUUGAUUAAAACAAACACAUUGUUGCACUGC